AUGGGGACAGGAGCAAGCACAUCAACACCCGCAGGAUCUCCUGAACCAGUUGUUUCAAGAAAAAUCUCACCAAAAACACAGGAACAUAAUCAGAAAAACCACUUCAAACAACAGGAUAAAGGGAAAAAUGUAAUUAUGAAUGAAGUUGCACCAAUUAUCAUCAAAGAUAAUCUUGAAGAAUAUCAAUGUGCAGCUCCAAGUAAGAAAACAAUUGCGAAAGGACGGAUUAAAGAAGGAAUGCCGGAACAUCAUCUUGUUCAAGGGAAAUAUUUCAUGGUUAAAGAUCAUUUCCAUGGCAUUGAUGAAUUAAACACAAUUAAAAGAUUUUCUACACCUAAUUUACAUCGAGCGCAUGGAGGUUAUCCUAUCUAUGGCAUGGGACAGCCGACAAAAGAAGGACUACAACAGAUUCUUGACAUGUUACUUGAUGAUGGAUAUUCGGAUAUCGUUAUUUGCAAUGUACGAGAAGAACCAGUUAUUUUUAUUCAAGAUAAAGAUGAUAUAAUACCAUAUACCCCAAGGGAAGCUGAUAAUCUGGGUGAAAACAUAUCAACAGAGGGGAUAACAGCUCAUGAAAUAGGAGAUCUUGAAAUUACAAUAAGGAAAGAGAUUUUAGAAUUUGCAACAAGAGAAGAGAAUAAUCAAUUUUAUUUUUAUGAUGACAUUGAUGACUUUGCUGAUGAUCCUCACAUGUAUCAUAUUGAAUAUGAAGAAGAGUUAACUGUUGUGGAAGAGAUGUAUUGUCGUUACACAAUUCCUGUACCAGGAGCUCAGUAUCUACGGUUACCAAUGCCUACAGAAGGGUUUCUAGAGGAAAGAGAUGUUGAUCUGUUUAUUGACACAUUAAAGGAAUAUCCACGACUUUUUGAGAAGGAUGAUCCGUCAUUACCAGCUUUUGUGUUCAAUGGACAUGUAGGAGUGUGCAGAACAACUGUUGGCAUGGUUAUGGGGUGUCUUGUACUUUCUCACAAAAGAGGAUUUCCACAAGAUGCUCUUAAGCCUCCUUAUCCUAUUAAUGAAAGAAGUCCAAAUUUUGAGAGAGGGGAAUUCAAUAUCAUUAAAAAACUUUUAGAUUAUUUACCAAAUGGAUCUCAAAUAAAACAAGAAGUUGAUGUAGUUAUUGAUCUUUGCUGUGAUUUGGAAAAUUUGAGAACGGAGAUAACUGAAUGCAAGAAGAAACUUGAGGGAAUUAAAGAAGAUUAUGAAAUUGAUGGAUAUAGUGCAAAAGAAUAUUUUCAGAAAAGAGCACUGACACAUUUGGAGAGAUAUUUUUAUCUCAUUGUUUUCAAUGCAUAUUUGCAUGAACAGUAUCCGUUAACUUUGACUCAGCCAUUCAGUUCUUGGGUUUAUAAACGUCCAUACCUGUACAGACUUCUCAGCAAUAUUGAUAUCUCAGAACGAAAAACAUCGCCUGAGCUCAUCACCAAAGGAGUGAGAUACAUGGUUGCAGACGAUUACAUCGGUCUUGACGUUCUCAGUUCUACUCGAGAAGUCAAAGUAUCCAAUUUUAGGAAAUGUCCAGGAUUGAAUGUAUAUGGAAUGGCACAACCAUGCAGGGAGGGUCUGUCCAGAGUUGUGCAGACAUUAGUUGAUAAAAAACAUGGUCACCCGAUAGUUAUUUUAUUCAACCUGAGAGAAGAUGUUGUUCUUGACUGUGAUGGGGAGACUUUUACACCAAGAGAACCCUCUAACUUAACAGAAAAUAUCAAUUUGUCGGGAAUUGAUGCAAAAGAACUAGAGAGAAAAGAAGCUCUUUUGAAAACAGAACUUUUGAAAACCAAGAAAACAUUGCAGGUAUAUCAAGAAACGAAUCAGGCUAGGGAGCCUAAAGAUUUUAGCAGUAUAUUGACAAUAAGGGAGAUGUGUGAGCAUCAGAUGAAACAGACACCUCAGCUUAGAUAUUAUAGGAUGCCUAUGCAGGAGGAGUGUUCUGCAACUGAAGAGCAAUAUGAUUUACUUGUGUCAGUUAUAAAAGACCUUGAUGAGAUUCACACUGACGAAGAUGGUCCAGCACUGAUCUUUAACUGCCAUGAUGGCAAAGACAGGACAACGACAGCCAUGGCAAUUGCAGGUCUUAUUAUGUGGCAUAAAAAGGGUUUUCCAGUCGGAUGUAAACUUGGAGAACAAGAACAUGUCAGUUUGCCAAAUGCUGAAUACACCAAGGGAGAAUUUACUAUUGUACAGAAGUUGGUGAGAAGAUUGCCAAAUGGAACUCAGGUCAAGAGGGAAGUAGAUUUUAUUUUAGAUAAAUGUUCAGAGACGAUGACUCCAAUGCAUUAUCAUGCAAGAGAAGUUAUAUUUUCUACAUAUAAUAAGGUGAAAACUGCUAAAACAGAAGAAGACAAAGCUUUGUUCAGAAGACAAAGUAUCUAUUAUCUAGAGAGAUAUAUUUAUCUGAUAUUAUUUAAUACAUAUUUGCAUAUGGAAAGAAUUGAUAACUGGGAGAAACCAUUUACACAUUGGGUGGAGGAGUUUGGAAAAAAAGUAAAGAUGUAUGAAGUUCUUGAUAAUCUUUCGUUUAGUGCCGACUUUCCAGAAGAUGAAGGUCCUGGUCGGUUUAGUCGA